CUUCUUAUCUACAAAAAUGAUGAAGUUUUCUUCUAUUCUUGUGCUUUUCUUUAUUUUCCCGAUCGCAUUUGCUCAACUACGGGUCGGGUUUUAUAGCCGGUCAUGCCCUCAAGCCGAGACCAUCGUACGCAAUCUUGUGCGCCAACGGUUUGGUGUUGACCCAACAGUCACAGCCGCUUUGCUCCGUAUGCAUUUCCACGACUGUUUCGUUAGGGGCUGCGACGCUUCCCUUCUCAUUGACGCACCCAACUCUGAGAAAACGGCCGGACCAAACGGAAGCGUUAGAGAAUUUGCUUUGAUCGACCAGAUCAAGGCUCAGCUAGAGGCCGCAUGCCCCUCCACGGUCUCAUGCGCUGACAUCAUCACACUAGCCACACGUGACUCCGUGGCCUUAGCCGGAGGCCCAAGCUACAGCAUUCCCACGGGAAGGCGCGAUGGUUUGGUCUCAAACGAUGUUGACGUCGCCCUUCCGGGUCCAACAAUCUCCGUCGCCGGAGCCGUCAGUUUGUUCACGGACAAAGGGAUGAACGUGUUCGACGCUGUGGCUCUUAUUGGUGCACAUACCGUUGGUAAGGGAAACUGUGGUCUAUUCAGUGACAGGUUCACGAAUUUCCAAGGAACCGGACGACCUGACCCGGCCAUGGACCCAGCUUUGGUUUCCAGUUUAAGGAACACAUGUGCAAACAGCGCGACAGCUUCUCUAGACCAGUCGACUCCACUAAGGUUCGACAACCAAUUCUUCAAGCAGCUCCGUAAAAAGAGAGGAGUGUUCCAGGUUGACCAGCGUCUCGCGACAGACCGACAGACUCGUGGUGUUGUGGCUCGAUAUGCAAACAACAAUGCUUUCUUCAAACGUCAGUUUGUUAGAGCAAUGAUAAAGAUGGGAGCCGUUGAUGUGCUUACCGGUAGUGCUGGUCAAAUCAGGAGAAACUGCAGGAGAUUCAACUAAUGAGUUUGAUGAAUUACUACCAAGUGUGGAGAUCAUUAUAUUUGAAACAUAUUGUUUCAAAUCUUAUUUGUGUUUCUAAAUAUUUUUUGUUUUGUUGGGGUUUUCUGAUUAAAUAAGGUUUUGUGGAUUGGAUUUACGGUUUUAAUUCUCGAAAAACAUAACUAUAUGCUGGUCUAAUAUGGAGGAUGUAUCUUAUUCCCAUGCGAUUAUUUUGUGGUA